CAAAAAAAUCCCUUAAUAUCCCCCUUAACAAAGUGCUGGAAGUCAUUUUCCUUUUACCAUUGAACGAAGAAACAUCGCAGAAAUAGUUGACUGGUAACACAAAGCUGUAGUGAUAAUGGCAGUCAAGGUUUUAUUCCUCUUCUUUAUCAGUUUUGGAGUCUGCGCAAAUGGGGUAAAAAUGCUUGGUAGCAACCGCUGUACAUGGGGACCGAGCUACUGGUGCAAGGAUUAUGGGAAGGCUGUCGAAUGCGAUGCUGUGCAACACUGUCGAGAAAACGUAUGGAAGUCGAAAAGAACCGAUAUAGACCCUUGUACGCUGUGCGAACUCGCCAUYAAGAGAGCGGAGAAUAUCUUGAAUGACUCCGCGGUACAGGAACAAUUUCUUGACUUUCUGAAAGACGUGUGCGACAAUGCAGGUCUUGGGCCAUUUGCAGGCCAGUGCAAGGACAUAGUCACCAAACACGAACCUGACAUCAUCAAAAAUUUGAAGAACAUCUUGGCUGAUCCAGAGAAAGUCUGCGCCAAAAUCGGUAUGUGUGAAGCUCGCGACGACCAACGAAUGAUCCCUGCACUCUUCAUCACACAUGCAAACCCAAGAAUCCACAACCAGCCCUUUGAUGGUGUUAAACUCACAGACUCUCAGAAAUGUUUGAUGUGUAGAGCAAUCAAGAGGGACCUGGAAAGAAUCCCCAAUAGAACAAAGAGAAUGGAUGUUUCACUGCAGAAGGUGUGCAACGGGAAGUCAGCAUCUGAUAAGAAAGAGUUUGAGAAAAUGUUGUUAGUGCUGUGUAAUGAAUUCAAGUACAUGGCGUUUCAGUGCAAGCAGAUGGUGAAGCAGUACGGUUCACUACUUUAUGAACUACUAACAGAGCUCAAACCUUAUCAGGUUUGCCAGGAAAUCAUGAUGUGCCCAGCAACCGCUCCUGGUAAGCUGGCGAGCGACCCGCGGUGCUUCCUGGGAGCAUCGUUCUGGUGUGCCAGCUUGAAGAACGCURAACGAUGUAGCGCACUUCAGUAUUGCAAGUCUCAUAUUUGGCAUGCGCAGAACUUCGGGUGACCAGCGACGUGAUUGGUUGCCUUGCAUUCAAUCAGGACUCUUCUAGUGUAUGCAAAUGAGUCUAACCUGAGUAUCAGGCCUAGGGGGGUCUGCCUGUUACUCAGGUUAAACUCGUCGUCAGUUCUUCCUUGCAAGAUUUGUAUCGUGUAGCCGUAUCAUAACUCUCUAUAUGACUAUAUAUCUGCAUGGGCUAUAGUAAAAUACUAUUAAACAAACUCGUACUAUACAA